UUUCCUUUGGACAGCGCACGGAGAGGAGGGGCGGGCUCACGCACGCGCGCGCCCGUGAACGAGGCCCCGCUGGUUCAAGCGAGGAUAGGAGCCGACCUGAGGUGAACUCCGCGUUACAAAUAGGAGCUGCGGCAUUCCAAGUGGAGCAGAGCGGAUGCGCACGAGCCGCAGGAAUAACGGGAGCAGAGAGGAUCCGCAGUUUGGACCCGGACCCGGACCAGAACCAGGACCAGAACCAGGACCCGGACGGGAGGAAGCAGGAGUCACAGCAGGUGGCGCUGUUGCUGCACGAGUCCUUCCCAGCGAGCUUCAGUGUUCAGCCAGGACCCGGCUCAGAGAGUAACCCUGCAGGGAAUGGUGCUGGAGGGGCCUUCCGGGGGGGUGGGGGACGGAUCAUCCUUCACUGAUCAAGCUGUUUCCAUCAUGACCUCCAGCAGCCUGCUGGCACGCUCCCUGCUGGCUCGCACCUCCGCCGCCAAACGCAAAGAGAGUCCGUCUGCGGCGGCGCGGCGCAAGCGGGAGUUCAUCCCCCAGGACAAGAAGGAUGAAAGCUACUGGGACAAAAGGAGGAAGAACAACGAGGCAGCCAAGCGUUCCCGGGAGAAGCGGCGUGUCAACGACAUGGUCCUGGAGAGCCGGGUGCUGGCGCUGCUGGAGGAGAACGCUCGGCUCAGAGCUGAGCUUCUGGCCCUCAAGUUCCGCUUUGGUUUGGUUAAAGAUGCCCCACAGAUCCUGCCACUCACCACGGCUGCUCCACACACGUCCCACCAUCACCCCCACCGAGGAGACGGAGCUCUACGAAGCUCUCCAGCAUCUCACCACAGAAGCUCCAGGGAGACCGGCAACCUCUCAGAGGACUCUGGCUUCUCCACUCCAGGUGGCUCCAGCGUCGGGAGCCCAGUCUUCUUUGAAGACCGGCUUGGAGAUCCCGGAAAAUUCUCACCUCAUAGGGCAGAAGAACUAGGCUAUGACCUCCACCUGCCUCCUUCUGAUGUCCACCACACCGCAGCACUUAGUGGAGGGAAGCUGGAGCACACAGAGGGGAUGAAAAACCUCCCUCACAAGCUGCGCUUUAAAAGCCCUGGAGGCGGCGAGGGAGGGGACGACACCAGCACCACCAGGCGCUGCUCCUUCUUCUACAAUCAGAAGGCUCACCCAGAGUUCCCCAAAGAGCCGAGUGGAGAAGACACGGGAGCUCCAGGCUCCUGGCUCCAGCAGCUGGAGGGGGACAAGGUCAGACCUGACUUGUGUUCCUCCACCCCCCACUAUGGCCUCCAGCCUCCCCCGGCGCUCAGACACAGCCAGGUCCGGUACCAGCAGGAGAACACCUACCUAAAGUCUCAGCUCAGCUCCCUCAGCGAGGAGGUGGCCCAGCUGAAGAAGCUUUUCACCGAGCAGCUUCUGCCCAAGAGAGCCUGAUGAGACCCGCCGUGCAGCUCCAGACUCUCAUCCCAAAAGCUGCCGUGGAGCACCUCUGUGUUAACGUGUUGUGUUGCCCCACCUCCAGAUGUUUCUCAUGAACUCUCCUCUGUUUGGGAGAAACCAGCCCUGCCGGUCUGGGGUGAGAUUCUUCGGGAGCGCUGUCCUGUUUAAAACACUAACUUCCACAUCGCUGAACAUGGUUCUGUCCUGAGAUUUCCUGAAUAUUCCGAUUAAAACUAAAUAAAAGAAUACGGCAGGU